CCACCUCCCUAGGGAACCCAUUCCAGUGCUUCCCCACCCUCCUAGGGAAACAGUGUUUCCUAAUAUCCAGCCGAGACUGGGCGCUCUUCCCCUGGUCUGAUCUUGUUAGUCAAUAAAGGGCUAUAAUAAGGGAGGGGGCAGAGCUCCCCAUCCUGCCCCACUCUCCCCAGUUCCCUCUCCUGGGUGUCUCCGUGACUCUCCUAUUGCGGUGACCACUUGUGUCCCUUGCUUAGUGCAGGGCUGGGAGCCAGGAGGCCUGGAUUCUGUUUCUGCUUUAGCCACUGACUCGCUGGGUGACCUUGCACAAGUCAUUCCCUGCCUCUCUGCCCCAGGUUGAAGAAGCCCAUGAAGCACUCUGAGAGUGCAAAUUGUAAUUCACAUUAUACUGUUACACUUGUGAACUUCAGUAGGGUUGUGGAUCAGGGCACCUAGAGCUUCCAAUGAGCAUCUUUUCUUAUAUAAAUUGAAAUAACUCAACUGGGAAAUUCCCCAAGCAACACCAUUCUCCUGGCCAGCACAGAAAAGCAGCUGCUGGUCAGACUGUUAAGUAUGAAGUGCUGGGCCAAUGUUGCUUUAAAUUAUUGUAUCUCUUGAGUAUCUUUUCUUUUCAGUACAGCGUUAAAGCUGCAAUUUAAAUAACCUUGUUUUGUUUUUCACAUUUAUCAUUUUGCUUCUAGAGGUGAUAAGGGAAGUUAUUUGACCAGGGUCACACAAUGAGCUAGUAUGUGAGCUGUGAAUAGAACCCAGGAGUCCUGAGCCAUCAGAGCAGGAGACAAUACUUCCUCCUGAGUGGGAUGUGUCAGGUGGCCUGGUCUGAGCUGCUUGAGCAUUUCCUGGUGCUCUUAGCUGGUGUCUGCAGAACUUGGUCAUGUCGCAUGGUGCAAAACAGCUGGCCGCUGGGAUCUUACAUGCCACCGGCAAAGGCCAGCAUGGAAACUUCCUGGUCACCAUCAAGCAGGAGAAGGGUGAAGUUCCCCGGACCAGCAGCGAGAAGCCCCACGGCGAGGAGGAGCCAGUGAAGAAGAGGGGCUGGCCCAAAGGGAAGAAGAGGAAGAAGAUCCUGCCCAAUGGCCCCAAGGCCCCAGUGACCGGCUAUGUCCGCUUCCUGAAUGAACGCCGCGAGCAGAUCCGCAUGCAGCAUCCCGACCUGCCCUUCCCAGAGAUCACCAAGAUGCUGGGAGCUGAAUGGAGCAAACUGCAGCCCACGGACAAACAGCGGUACCUAGAUGAGGCGGAGCGCGAGAAGCAACAGUACAUGAAGGAACUGCGGGAGUACCAGCAGUCAGAGGCCUACAAGAUGUGCACAGAGAAGAUCCAGGAGAAGAAGAUCAAGAAAGAGGAUGCUGGUUCUGUGUCUGUGAACACUCUGCUGAACGGAUACCCGCACAAGGGCGAGGACUGCGGUGGGGACGGUUUCUCCACGUUUGACGUGCCCAUCUUCACCGAGGAGUUCUUGGACCAGAACAAAGCGCGGGAGGCCGAGCUGCGGCGCCUGCGGAAGAUGAACAUGGAGUUCGAGGAGCAGAACACCAUCCUGCAGAAGCACACGGAGAGCAUGAGCUGCGCCAAGGAGAAGCUGGAGCAGGAGCUGGCAUUGGAGGAGAGGCAGACACUGGCCUUGCAGCAGCAGCUCCAGUCUGUCCGUCAGGCCCUAACCACCAGCUUCGCUUCCCUUCCCAUCCCAGGCACUGGAGAGACCCCCACGCUGGGCACCCUGGAUUUCUACAUGGCCAGACUGCACAGCGCCAUUGAGAGCAACCCGCUCCAACAUGAGAAGCUGGUCGUGCGCAUCAAGGAGAUCCUCUCCCGGAUAGCCAGUGAACACUUAUGAAAGGCCUGGUGUGUCCUGCGGCCCAGCGCUGACUUGGACUGGGACCCUCAGCCACCUCCUCCCACCCGCCCUGACACCUGGAAUCGGCUGGAGCCUUGCGGCUCAGCACCUCCGCCUUGCAUAGAUCUUUGCUGGAGAAGGGCUUUGAGCGGGUUGAGUAACUCUUGGUCCUUCCGUGCAGCUGAGAACUGUGGGCCAGGCCCCUGUGUGGCCUUGAGGGGCAGGCUGCCAAGCAGGGACAGCAAGGCAGCUUGUGGGGUCACCUCUCAGCUCCUCCUGUGCCCCGGCUCGCUGAGUGCAGGGCUGGAGCUCAGUGCAGUGAAGCUGGCCCUCAAUUCUCCAGCAAGGCCCCAAGAUUGUGCAGCAAUGCUGGAAAUCCUGCAGCAGCUGCGUUAAAUUAAACCACAGUCUUAAAGCUGCCCCCUGGCACCUCACUUGACAGUAAAUCAGGGUGUCUCGGGCUGGCCCCACCCUCCAGCUGUCAAGGUGACGGAGAAGUCUGUCUUGCCAAGGCAGGGCAGAAGCGCUUGUCACUGGGAGGGUGCUGGCGUAGACCAGGCACUGCUGUCCUUACCCUUGUGUCACCUGGACCUGCACUGAGCAGAAGAGGACACAGCAAUGAUAAGGCCAUGUCCUGCUCAUGUUAGCGCAACCUCCCCUAGAGCUGAAUCAGUGGUCAGGCAAAAAUAGAUGGGUUCCCUCUUUCCCCCACACGAAAAAUGUCUGUAAACCCAGCCUGAGCUCUCAGCAGUGAAAUGGUUCAGUGUUGGCAUUUAAACUACCAUCAUUAGGUUUCAGAAUUAAUCAACUGCCAUGAAGGGGGCUGUUCAGCCCUCUUGGAGCAAUUGUUUCAGGCUGUCUGCAGACUCAGGCGUUCACGCUUGAGUCACAUGAGGGCUGUCGCUCUUUGAUGAGCGCUGCAAUCCUAGCACUCUGGUGGGAUGGGAACUCUGCUCCCCAUCCCUAAAAUAGCAUGACUGAGUAUUAUGGGGCUGGCCCUUCCAGUCCCUGCUGAGCCCUGCCUGAGGGGGCCCGGGGAAGCCAUGUCUGCAGGCUGGGGUCAGGCCAGCUCUCUUGUUCUCAGCAUGGUGUCCUCUGCCUUAGUUAGCUAAGGGGCAUGGAUGGGCCCAACUGGGUCAGUUUAGUAUCAGAGGGUUACAGUCCUGCUGCCUGGAACAGGUCCCUGCCUGGAUUUGGGUCUGUGGUGUAGAUGGGCCCUUGUCUGGUCACUGCUGAGUUAACCCAGGCUCUUACCCCAGUGGAACCUCAACCCCCUCCUGUCCACACACAACCGCGUCCCCUGAGUUUGGUGGUGCUCUCAACCCCGGCUAGCUGGCCCGGGUGCUGCUUUCACUCGGCUGGAACCUGCCCACUUUGCAGUGAGGGUGCAGGCUAAAUCACUCAGUGCUGAUAGUCCUCCAGCGCCUUCCCACAG